AUGGUAGUCGCAUCCGUAAGGGUACGAGCCAUCGUCGUCUCGGCGACGCCCACCGUGCAACGUAACAAGCCGUCGGACCAUUCCGAUCCGUUCGACUUCGAGGAACGACGUCUAGCACAGGGAGCAGAUGCGACGACGGGGGAGACGACUCAGGGUCUCGAUCAGCUGCAAGACCUCUACGGCCAGAUGGGCGUUUUCGCCGUGUUUGGGAAGUUGAGCGUCAGAGUCCCCGGAGUAUUUCGACUUCGAUUCGAACUGUUCGAAACAAUCAGUGGGCAAGAACGAGGAUUAGCGGCGUGUGUUUCGGAACCGUUCGAGGUGUUCUCGCCGAAACAGUUCAAGGGAAUGAAAGAGAGCACGGCCUUGACGCGACAUUUCGCGUCGCAAGGAUUCAAGAUCAAGUUGAGGCAGGAU